AUGGAAAGGACACCACCUCAACAGCAGCCGCCAUCUCCGUCUGAACAGAGUCAUGAACAAUCGUCCAAAGUCCGUCGAAGGAGACGCCCGGCACUUUCGUGUCACGAAUGCCGUCGCCGCAAGGUUAAAUGUGACCAAAAGAGCCCCUGCGCCCCAUGUGUUCGUCACAAAAUUGAAUGCACGUAUCAGCCUCAUCAUGGCUCGGCCUCUGUUCCUGUUCGGAGCCUACGAGCAAGGGCGCCUGCGCAUACACCAACAAGCUCAACACCCUUGGGUACUAGCAAAGAUGGAACUCGUGUAGCUAUAUCGACAACGAGUCGCGAUGGUGUACGCACGCGUCAUGAGCAGGAUGCUGCAUUAUCGCGUUCGGUGACAGCAACGAUUGCAGCCCAAGGUCUCUCAACGCCGGAUUCAAGUGCUCCCAAGCGCGGUAACGACAAUGCCAAUACGCAUGGAACAUCUGAUCAAGACUGUGGCACCGAUUCUACUGCUCAAGGUCUGUUACAAAGGCAAGCACAACAUCAAAGUCAAACCACAGGGGACAACUCUAGGGCCCCUUCGUCCUUUGAAGUCGGACAAGAUGAGCACCAACAGGAACCAGCCCAAACCUCACAAGAAUUUCAAAUUCUAUUAAACAAACCAAGAGAUAUGGGAAGGGAAAACUGGGCUGAAACAGCCAAAGAGCUGGAUUCCAUUAUUGCCUGUUGGGUCGAAAUCGUGGGCAAGUCUAGCACCAACGAAGCAUUUCAAGAUGCUGAAGUAGCACCUGUGGUUACUCAAGCUGGGGAUUUCUACACCAAGUGCAAAACUCUGACUAAAACUAUCAAGGCUACUCGACCCACGAGAGGCCUUCUAUCGUCACCAGAUUUCCUGAUACCGCCCUCCCGUGAAACAUCAGACGUUAUGGUCGACCUGUAUUUCAAGUCGUUCGAAUCUACCCACCGCAUCCUCCAUGAACCGACCUUCAUGGUCGAGUAUAGGGAAUACUGGGAUCAUCCCGAGUCUACCACGGACUCUCAACGUUUGACUAUCCUCCUCGUCAUAGCGACAGGUUCAAGCAUAUUUGAGCAUGCCAGCCCAGAGGAGGCACUUCGUAAUGCGGAAAUGGUUCACCAUUGGAUCUACGCGUCUGAGACCUGGCUUGCUGGACCUCUCGAGAAAGAUCGCGUAGAUCUCGCUGGCUUGCAACUGUACUGCCUCACGCUACUAGCUCGGCAGAUAUUCUCGAUUGGCGGCGACACGAUAUGGAUGUCGGCAGGGUCACUUGUCCACCGGGCCAUGCAGAUAGGCUUGCACCGCGAUCCCGGCAAACUUGGAGCUAAACCCAUGCCGCUGCUGCAAGUUGAGAUUCGCCGCAGGCUUUGGGGAACUAUUCUCGAGCUGGUUAUACAAGCAUCGCUGGACUCCAGAAUGCCUCCCAGGAUAUCCUUUGACGAAUUUGACACGCAACAUCCCUCCAACAUAAAUGAUGAUGAAAUGGAUCAAACAACUACCGUUCUUCCAUCUCAUGAUCCAGGCCACUUCACUUCAACUUCAGUACAGCUUGCCCUCUUGGCCUCUUUCUCAAUUCGUCUUCGUGUUGUCAAUGCAAUAGUCAAACCUGAUGGUGAAGUACCUUACCAAGACAUCCUAGCGCUCAGCUCAGAGCUAGUAGAUACUUUACACGUCAACAACAGUUUGGUGAAACCAGGCCAAGGAUCAACCCCAUUCCAUCGAAAUCUGCUUGACUAUCUAGUCCGUCGAUUUAUCAUUCCAUUGCACUUCUCCUUCAGCAACCGCGCACGCGCCAACCCAGUCUACUAUUACUCGCUCAAAUUGAGUCUUGAUGCCGCCACGGCCAUCAUGUCACCCGAGCCCGAUGCUGCCUUUUCGAGGUUGAUGGCAUCUGGUGGUGGGAUGUUCCGUGAAGGAGUUCGGGUUGCCAGUAUAGCGACGGGUCUUGAGCUUCUCAUACACGCGCAGGCGCAGAGUCUGGAUGGCACGUUGCACAGAACUAGCCAAUAUCGGCAAUUACUGAAACAGUCUAUUCGUGAUAUGAUAUCACUAUCAAAUGAGCGCAUUCACCAAGGGGAGACUAAUGUGAAAAUGCACAUGUUUCUCAGCAUGAUUCUUGGUCAAGCGGAAGCCAUCGAGACAGAUUCUUCAGUUCCAUUACAAAUUGCACGAAGCGCUAGGGAUAGCUUGGAGUGCAGUUAUGUUGUGCUUAACAUGAGAGCGGACAAAGUAGCAUUGUACUCAUCAGAUGAUACCCAGUAUCCCAUCGGCCAAACUGGUUUUGAUGGCCCGGGAUCUAAUGAGUAUUUGAUGGACUUGGACUGGGAAUCGCUUUUGCCGUAUGAUAAUUUUACAAUGUAG